AAGUGCAGAAAAAGGAGUCAUCACUGGAAUGUAAUCACGGUGAAAAGUUCCGUACGGAUGACUUGGUUCUAAGUAAUGGAAUACAUGAUCAUACCAAAGUCACAGGCAAUAUCAUGCUGCAACCUGGUUACUUAAAUGCUCAACACCUAUUAUAUCCUAUAUUUGACAAGCCAUCCAGUAAGAAUGUGACCUGCUUUCCACAUGCAAGGGAAUCUAUGGAGAAACUUUUUUUGGACUUGGAGUUGGUUAAGCUCACAAAAGAAGAUGAAGAUAGCGCUAGUGACCUUUCCGAUUCAGAGCGACUUCCCAUCCCACCUUCCCCCCUUGCACCUCCAGAGCUCAACUUACGUGCUGAAGAGAUCAGUCCAGCCUAUUUUAGUGAUUAUUUUCAACCCAAGGGCAAAGAUUAUGACUAUCCAGAUUUUCUUCCUCCUCCAUACAACUCGUGGAACCUUAGUGAGGUCUCUGCAUUUGUAAACAAGGAAGGAAAAAACACAGUGCAAGCAACACCUUCAGGAUUUCUAGAGCGAUAUGUUGACCGUCUUCUUCAGCUAGAAUGGUUACAGUUGCAAACCGUACAGGCAGAAAAAGCAAAAACAAUGAAAACGAGGCCUCAAACAGCACCCGUUUUUUGUGGUAAUGGGAAAUUUUUAGGAAAGAGUAAGUCUUGGCACAGUCCUUCACCUAGCAAACAAAAUUCUAAUCAGGAUAAUGUUUUUAAAAAGACUUGUGCGCAAGAGAAAAGCUCCCAGAGAAAAUACCCCCAGCGUGAGAUCUCUGAUCUAACAUGCUCUCGUAAAAGCCCCUCAAAAGCUCUCGGAUCAGUGGAUGUACCAACAUCUGUGUUCAAACAGACCCAGGACGUGAGAGUUGUCACAAAGAAAAAAUCUGCACUGAAUAACCAGCAAACUAAGGAUUCAUCAGCAUUUGGAGGUAGCUCAAAGAUGCACAGUGCUGGCAAUCUUAGACCUUCUUCAAAACAGAGCUCUCUUUCUAACCAUUUGCUAAGUGCUCCAAAGCAGGCAAAGUCCUGUAAAUCGAAGAAAAUGAGUUGUCAGCCAGCAGCUCUGCUGGAUACAGAUUGCAGCACCGCAAAAAGAAAUGGAAAACCCAAUCACUCUCCUUCCUAUAAAAUGAAGUGA